CUGUUCAUUCAUAACGCCACUCUGGAUUAUCACGCCUUCGCGGAGAAGCUCCUUCUCCGGGGACUUCCUAAAAAAUUUACACGAGAACAGAGGAAUCUACCACAUCUUCCGGCGUCUGCUUCUCUUAACAAGUCGGCGUUUAUCAACAACCGUUGUAUGACCGACAAUAAAAUCAUGAAAAUGUCAGCGGAGGAGAUUUCCGAGGUUCUGAAAGAGGGAGAGCUGGAGAAGAGGAGUGACAAUCUCCUUCAGUUCUGGAAAAGGAAGACGUGCGUCCUUACCACGGAUAGCCUCAACAUCUACGCUGACACACAGAAGCGCAACAAAACCAAGGAACUGAAACUCCAGUCCAUCAAGAAAGUUGACUGUGUUGAGCGCACCGGCAAGUUCGUAUACUUCACCAUUGUUACCACGGACAAUAAGGAGAUAGAUUUUCGGUGUUCUGGUGAGGAUAACUGCUGGAAUGCUGUAAUCACCAUGGCACUAAUAGACUUUCAGAACAGAAAGGCCAUUCAGGACUUUAAAACACGACAGGACAACGAGAGCGCGUCCCCCGGACAGCACGAAAGGCGCAUGGCCAGGGCGCCCUGAAUGACUUUGAGAUUUUAUAAAUCACGCUCCGAAUAUGAGUUGUUAUAGACCAUGAAGAACAAGAACUUGGACCAAAGGAAGACUUCACUGGUCACCAGGUCUGAAGAUGAAGGAUUGUUGGGGACAGGCGCGCGUUCCACGAACAACUUCUGUCCUGAUGAGCUUUUAAAAUAUUAUUUAAAAUGCUCAAGACUGAAUCCUUGAAUUUUCAAGUAUUUGAAAUUGCCCUUUUCCGGUCAGGGGUGCCUCCGGAACGAUGUUGCAAAACUGUUUUAAUUUAUUUGUCAAGAAAAUGUAUUUCUUAGAUAAAUGCUUUUA